CCAAACUCCGGACCCGGUCUUAUCUCUAAUUUCGCUAGCAACCUACCAUUACUCCUGCACAACCUCCCCCGGACCCACGCCGGGACCACUUCGCAGCUUGAACGGCACCAACGGCUGCGAUCGCUGCGGACACUACGCCGCGUCCGUCAUUAGCAUCUCUACCAGCCGCCCUGUUUCACCGUCAAUCCCCUAGAUAACAGGACGCCAUGUCCGCCGCCAUGGAGCAACCCCAACAACAGAACCGUCCGCGGUCCAAGUCGACCUUCAGCUUCAAGAGCGACAAUUCCCGCCACUCCGCCGGCCACGAGAGGAGCUCGAGCUACGGCGAGAACAAACCCCACCUGCACGCCGCCACCAAGGCCGACCCGAAUGCUGCCAUGAACGAAUCUCAGCCAAUCGCCGCUGCGCUCGAGAAGCCCACGCUGCAGUCGCUGCGCUCGUUCCAGCACACUGAUAUAAACGGAAACCCCAUUGCCGAGCCCGAUCUCUCUAAUCCUACGCGCUCGCGAUGGGAGCGCCCGCUCGACACUAUCCGCUCGUUCGAGGCCGCCAUCGAUAACGAAUACAGGCGCAGGGCGCACACGGUGCGGGCUGAUCAGUCUGAGGUUAUGAGCGGCUAUGGAAGUCGCAGGAGCAGCUACUAUGGAGGUGCCAAUGACCAGAACCGCUUCUCCCAGGUCAGCGGCUACUAUGGCAAUCGGCAAGCCGCUCGAGAUAGUUAUAUGGACAAUGGCCACGGCCAGGGCGGUCCAGUUGGGCCCGUUGGAGGACCUCCCCGAACACGGUACAGCCGCAUGCAAUCCGACCCAGGAUGGAAUCGCUACAGCCACGGCUAUAACAACGGAAGCAAUGGGAACAACGUGUAUCCCCAGCAAGGCUACCAGCAGUCGCGAGACACUGUGAAUACCAACGGAUCGAACGGCAGCCAGAGCGAUCCCUAUAGCGACCCAAACAGCGACAACAGCUCCGUUGAGCGCGCAACGCCGGUAACGAGGCCGGCGCCGGACCUUGGUGAGCAAUACGGAUUCCAGGGUUUUGGAGGAGGUCCAAUUCUUGAAGAGUAUGCCCCUGGAACAGGCCCCUCGAACAACGACUAUCCCCCACCGCAAGCCAAUGGCCCCAACGGAUACGGCCCACCUCCCGUUCCCGCAAAGGGUGGCCCACUGCCGCCGGCGCACGGUGUUCCAAUCAGGCUCGGCAAGUCGAAUGGGGCGCCUCCAGUCAACGGUGAUGGCAGACCCAACAUGCUGUCCCGCCAGAGCACGGACAAGAGGCGGAGUUGGUUCAAGAGGCGGUUCAGCAAAGACUAGAUGAAGAAGGAUAUGGCGGUUAUACGGAUCAUCUCGGGGGCGUUAUAGGAGGUACCAAUUUCUCAAGCUUCCAUCAUCUGAGUGCUUGCUUAA